GUAGGGCGACUACAUGAAGAUCGAGCUUUAUCCUAAACUUGUUAUUUUUGGUUCAACAUAUUUUUCUUGCCUAAAGUCUAUAUAUAUGAUAUGAACGUAACUCAAUAAUCUAUCUCUUAAGAGUUUUCUGAACAGUCAAUAAAUUAGAUAUGUCCAGACCGACCAACUUAAUUCUUGUACAUGCAAAUACCAAGUAGCCACGUUUUUUUUAAUAAUAGAUAUGCCUCUUUUAUAAUUCAAGUUAAUAUAUUUCCACCUAAGUAUUUCAUGUAAUUUCUACAUUUCUUAUUGUUGCAUUACUUUUCAAUUGAAUGCUAGUAGAUUCAUAUUAUAUAAUAUCUGCAAAAUUGAAAACUAGAGAAACACAAUUUAUGGAGUCAAAAUUGAAAAAAAAAAUAUUGAUGGCAUGACAUAAAAUACUAGCCUGGGUAUAUAUGUGUAUAUAAAUUGUGUGUGUGCUCAGAUUUUAAAUAAAAUAAGUUGUUCUACAUAGGCUGCUAAAGUGAAGAAAAUACACCAAACUUCAACAUGAAACAUAAGGCAUGAAACAACUAACAAGUAAGGAAUAAGUCAACCGUUAAAGAAGCAACCUCUCUACUUCGUUUCAUUUGAAAAGAAAAAAAUCAAUAAUAUCAAGCAACAUUCAAAUUAAACCGUUGUCUCCCCCCCUCUCCGAAUGUUUUUUAUAUAUAUAGAUAUGUAUAUGUUGUUCCAUCAUAGCUAUAUUCUAUCAUUUCCAUAAUUUUCCUCUUAACUCAAAAUACCUAUUAGCUAACUCAACGUUCCUAUAACCAACCACCAACCCAACCAUUCUAUUUAGAUUUAUUAUUCCACGUUUCUAUAUAUCUGAGCCACAAGACCGAGGUUUUGUAUCAUCAUGAGGAUCAUGUGGAAGUUCAUUAUGGUGAUGUGUUUUAUUGCUUUAGUCGGAUCAAGAGGAAGCUCUGCGGCGAGGUUGGCGAUAUGGAUGAUGGAUAAAGAAGAUGUGGGAAGAGGGUUUGCUUUGCGAAACAAGCUCCAACGAGGUCCAGUUCCUCCUUCACAACCUUCCCAAUGCCACCAUAGACUCAGCCCUCUUUCUCGUUCGGAGGUUUAUUAUCCACAAUAUGUUACAUGUCCUUGACCUCUUUCAUUGACCACGAUCAGCCAUACUUUUAUUCUUUCUAUCUUUCGUUUGUAUCCGUAUAAAUUUGAUCCGACUCUUUCAAAAUCGAAAGAGUCGUAUAUAAAAUAUGUUUUGGACAUGAUCAAUUUUGUGUUGUAGAAUUAUCGACUUGAUCAUUGACGACUAACUAAUUAAUAGAGAUGCAAUCUAAAAUGUAAUCUCUGUUUUGGCCUCAUACGAUAACGUGGCAUUGAAAAUG